UUCGGUCCAAAGAGCGAGCAGAACCGAGACCCUGCGACACCCAUUGCGACAUCAUAGGCUGCAGUUAGCAGAACACCUGCACGGCUGAGGAAAGGGGAGCGGGUGGAGCCGCUGUUUGCUUGGAUGUCUGCGGUGUAGAGGGCGCUAGCUGUUAGCUACCAUUAGCGGGAUAACGGCAGAAGCGUGCAGGCAUCUGGACUCCCGGGAACAGCCUGGGUCUGUACUGGAGGUCUGGUAUGCUGGUUUGGAUCGGUACCUGGAGAUACAGUUGGACUCUGGGCCGGUACCUGAAGGUCCGGUUGGACUCUGUUGGUACCUGGACAUCUGGUAUACUGGUUUGUGUCGGUACCUGGCUGGCGGAUUUCAGUUUUUUUUGCAUUGAGAUGUUCUGAUUGAGCUACCAGUUUGGGCUGAGCUCGGUUCUGGUUCUGAAUGGUUCUGUUUGUAAGUGGAAGCUGUGGGAGUGAAUAAAUGGUUCUGAUAAGUGAGUGGUUCUGAUAAACUAGAUGUGUCUUUAGGUCUUUCCAGGUCUGACAGAGUGUGGAGCGGUUUGCGUUUGGAUCAGAACUACCACAUUAGAACAUGAUCCUGAACCAGGGUUCUGAGUGGAGGAAAGGAUUGAAUGGUUUAGGACAAACGGGCCGUUGGUUCUGAACAUCAGAGGGGUUCUUCUGCUCAGUCAAACCAAGCCACGCAUAAGCAGGGUUUAGUUCUACCAGAACCACCUGUGGAUGGACAGAGCUGUUCAUCUGGAUUUAAGAUUGGCCUGUAAGCAGACAGUCCGGUCGGGUUCCGUUGUCCUGAAUUAUUCACCUUUCUAGUAAACAUGGUGAUGCUCCCAGAGGUUCAGCAGCAGAUUGUGGGUGUUUGGCUCCUUCUGAGGUUCAGAGAAACCUGAGACAAGUCUCUCUGCUGAACCUGGCGUCUCCCCUGAUUGGCCGCUGAACCUGGCGUCUCCCCUGAUUGGCCGCUGAACCUGGCGUCUCCCCUGAUUGGCCGCUGAACCUGGCGUCUCCCCUGAUUGGCCGCUGAACCUGGCGUCUCCCCUGAUUGGCCGCUGAACCUGGCGUCUCCCCUGAUUGGCCGCUGAACCUGGCGUCUCCCCUGAUUGGCCGCUGAACCUGGCGUCUCCCCUGAUUGGCCGCUGAACCUGGCGUCUCCCCUGAUUGGCCGCUGAACCUGGCGUCUCCCCUGAUUGGCCGCUGAACCUGGCGUCUCCCCUGAUUGGCCGCUGAACCUGGCGUCUCCCCUGAUUGGCCGCUGAACCUGGCGUCUCCCCUGAUUGGCCGCUGAACCUGGCGUCUCCCCUGAUUGGCCGCUGAACCUGGCGUCUCCCCUGAUUGGCCGGAUCAGCGCAAGAUGCUCAGGAGCUGCUGGUUCCGCUGUUCUAUCAGAUCAUUACACUGUCAGAAUAGCCUACAUGCAGUGAGUAGCAUGCCUGCGCUUUGACAAGUCCGACCUUCAGAGGAGCGGUCAGUUCAGGAUACGUGAGAAGUUACAACAAAAAAAGGUUGUGUGAUGGGGGUCCUCUGAGCUGAAGCUCCUCAACUGAACACACACCUGAGCGCCUCACACACACACACAUACACACACACCUGUGAGCCGCAAUUUCUCACCUCCAGGCCAGACGCUGCUGUCCCAAGGUGCAUUGCUGCAUCGUCCACCAUGUCGGACGCCCCCGAGGCUGCGCCCGCCAGCCCUCCCCCCAUCACCAACCCGCCCCCACCUGAGGUGUCCAACCCCAACAAGCCUGGCAGGAAGACCAACCAGCUCCAGUACAUGCAGAAUGUUGUGGUAAAGACUCUGUGGAAGCAUCAGUUCGCCUGGCCUUUCUACCAGCCAGUGGACGCCAUCAAGCUGUGUCUCUGGGACUACCACAAGGUGAUCAAGAACCCAAUGGACAUGGGAACCAUCAAGAAGCGUCUGGAGAACAACUACUACUGGAGCGCCAGCGAGGCCAUGCAGGAUUUCAACACCAUGUUCACAAACUGCUACAUCUACAACAAGCCCACAGACGACAUCGUCCUGAUGGCUCAGGCCCUGGAGAAGAUCUUCCUGCAGAAAGUGGCUCAGAUGCCCCAGGAGGAAGUCGCCCUGCUGCCGCCGGCGCCCAAAGUGAAGAACAAGAGCAAGCAACCGCCGGCCACCACAGUGAGUCAGCAGGCCGAGUCCUCCGCCUCCCCGCCCCCCUCAUACCCCUCCCCGUCCCCCACCCAGACACCUGUCAUCUCGACCACGCCCACACCUGUGCCCGCCACGCAGCCCCCGGCGGCCAUGAUGCCCUCUGCACAGCCGGUCGUCAAGCAGAAGAAGGGUGUGAAGAGGAAAGCGGACACCACCACCCCGACCACGUCGGCCAUUUCCGCCGGCCGCGCCGACUCCCCGUCAGCCCAGGACGCCAAGCCGGCCAAGUUGGCCUCCUCCCGCCGAGAGGCCGCCGCUCGGCCCGCCAAGACCCGCCGCGAGACGGUGGAGGAGGCGGCCGGGGGCGAGGCGGCGCUGGGUGGGGCGGGGGCCGGCGCCAGGAAGGGCGGCAAGCUGGGGGAGCAGAUGAAGCACUGCGACGCCAUCUUGAAGGAGAUGCUGUCCAAGAAGCACGCUGCCUACGCCUGGCCCUUCUACAAGCCGGUGGACGCCGAGGCGCUGGAGCUGCACGACUACCAUGACAUCAUCAAGCACCCCAUGGACCUCAGCACCGUCCGGAAAAAAAUGGACAAAGGAGAAUACAGCGACCCACAGAGCUUUGCCACGGACGUCAGGUUAAUGUUCUCCAACUGCUACAAGUACAACCCCCCCGACCACGAGGUGGUGGCCAUGGCCCGCAAGCUGCAGGACGUGUUCGAGAUGCGCUUUGCUAAGAUCCCAGACGAGGGCCUGGAGGUGUCGGUCCCGUCCACCACGCCGGUGGUCAGUAAAAGCACCGCCUCCUCCGACAGCAGCAACAACUCCUCCUCCGACGAAUCGUCGGACUCCGAGGAGGAGCGAGCCACCCGACUGGCCGAGCUACAGGAGCAGGUUGGUGCUGCCGACCAAUCACAGCUGAAGGCCGUGCACGAGCAGCUGGCCGUGCUGUCUCAGGCGCCCGUCAGCAAGCCAAAGAAGAAGAAAGAGAAGAAGGACAAAGAGAAGAAGAAGGACAAGGACAAAGGGAACAAAGCCAAGAUAGAAGAAGAGAAGAAACCCAAGGCCGCCGCUCAGCAACCCAAGCCAGCCAAUCAGAAGAAAGGACCGGCCAGGAAAGCUAACAGCACGGUACCGGCCACCAGACAACCGAAGAAAGCCAACAAGACCUCAGGUGGCGGAUCGGCCAACGGCGACGAGGGCGAGGAGUCGUCCCUGCCGAUGUCGUACGACGAGAAGCGGCAGCUGAGCCUGGACAUCAACCGGCUGCCGGGGGAGAAGCUGGGCCGGGUCGUCCACAUCAUCCAGUCAAGGGAGCCGUCGCUGCGGGACUCGAACCCCGACGAGAUCGAGAUCGACUUCGAGACGCUCAAACCCUCCACGCUACGCGAGCUGGAGCGCUACGUCAAGUCCUGCCUGCAGAAGAAGCAGAGGAAGCUGCUGCAAAAGGCAGCGGGGGGCGGAGCCUCCGGGGGCGGGGCCAGCCGCCUGAGUGGCAGCUCCUCUUCCUCAUCCGAUGACAGCUCCUCGACAGGCUCCUCCUCUUCCUCCGACACAGACUGAGAACACGGUUCAGUUCACACAGACAGGACUGCUGACACACACACACACACACACACACACACACACACACACACACAGAGACUGUAUGUAAAUAGGCCGACAUGUUUUUUUAGCUCCUAGUGUUCCUGUUUUCGUUGGAGAAACACGGACAGGCCGAGGAAGAGGAGGAGGAAGAGUGGAGGACACCUGGGCAUCAUCUUCCUCCUCCUCUUCCUCCAGGGUGGCCGGCAGUGACCCCUGACCUCAGAACACAUUCCAGAGUCAACCGUCAGGCUUCAUGGGAGAUAUGCAUGGGAAGUGGGCGGGGCUACCAGAGGAGGAGGAGCAGCGAUCUGAUUGGCUGGUCAGUGGGCCGGGCCAGCAGAACCCCAUGGUUCUGAAGGACUGGUGAUGCAGCAGCGGUUCCGGCCGCGGCCAGCAGGCGGCGCUGCAGGAGAAGCUCGUCUCUCUCCGACCCUUCUUGUCCCGGGCUCCACGGUUCUCCUGAACAGAACCAGAUCCAGUUGGUUCUCCGCCAGGCCUCUCAGCAGAACCACCCCCGCCCCGGUGGGUCCGGGAACCGUCGUCGCCACGGUAACCCAACGAGGCAGAUUGCUAACACUACAUUUCCUAUUUUUCUCCUGUUUGGGUUUUCCGGUCGUGUUCUGACCCGUUUGUGUCUUCUAAAGUUCUCAGUAUAUGAUGUUUGUGCCGCUGUCCGGUCCGAACUCUGAACCCUUUCCGUCCGGGUCCAGAACCGCAGGAGGCCCGGUCCGGUCCCUGCCCCAGAGACUAAAGGUUCUGAUCCGACCUGAGGAGCUUCUUAAUCUUUUAAAGGAUCAGACAGAGGCGCUGGUACCGGUUCUGGUUCUGGCGUCAGCGGCUCAUGAACUGGACUCUGGGUCGGCGCCAGGUCACGGGAAGAAGGGAUCCAAACGGCGCCUUCUGCUGCACAUGUGACGGAACUGAUCAUGUAGAGUAACGGCCAAUCAGGAAGGAGAUGGGCGGGAGUUCCUGUGGGCCCUGAGUCUAUGAUUGGCUGAGCCCUGCAGCGCCCCCUGCAGCCCGUCUGUGUACAGUUCAGUUGGAUUUUUAUUGUUUUUAUUUUUUAAAAUAUUGAACCAAAGUUCACAGCCUUCCUUGGCAGUGUGGUCGUCAUGGAGACGGAUCAGCAGCGGUGCCCCCAGCGGACAGCCCGUUGCCACAGUAACCCCUCCCCCUUUGUUUUUAGUUGAUGGUGGAGCUUCAAUGCUGAUAGUUAAUUUUUGUAUUUUAUAAGAAAAAGGAAGAAAAAAGUGAUUUUAUGUAUCUGCAUGCACUCCGGCCGUACGUUACUUCUGUAUGUUUGAGCACUGUAUAGUAGCUGUAAGUAGCUGUGUGAUAGACGGAGACCAGAACCGGGUCGGAGGAGAACCCAGAACCGGGUCGGAGGAGAACCAACUAAAACCAUCAAGUGGAUUAAUAAUUGAUGUAAUUACUCAAACGGGAUCCUUAUUUUCUGACUUCAUUUGUUUUCAUAAAUAAACACAUAAACUGA